GAUUAUAACUACAAGCAAACAUCUUUAAUUUUCUUUACAAAGACACUUACGGUUGAUGUCGUAUUGAAGAAAUCAUCGUCUUUCAAAAACAUCAUAGUUAAAAAGUCUUCAGGCUCAUCGACCCUGGUGUUCAAACAAGUAGAGAUUAAACGAAGAAUUCAGGUAGCUCCCGGCGGAGGGACAACUUUAAACUUUCCAAUAAUGGCCGUUGAAGUUGGAAACAUAGACAUUGAAGUGAGUGCCGUUUCAAAGGUCGCAGGUGAUGCUGUUAGAAAACAAUUGCUUGUGGAGCCUGAAGGUAUAUCUGAAAGUUAUAACAUACCAGUUCUGAUUGACUUACAAAAUGCCAAAUCAUUCAACAAAAGAAUACUGAUUACAUUACCAGAUGACGUCGUUGAUGAUUCCGUACAUAUCAGAGCUUCUGCAAUCGGUGAUCUGAUGGGACCGUCUAUAUCUGGAAUUUCUAAUUUGUUGAGGAUGCCGUACGGGUGCGGAGAACAGAAUAUGAUCAAUUUUGUUCCAAACAUAUUUGUCAUUAAAUACCUGACUGCAACAAAUAAUCUGAAACCAGAAGACGAAAGUAAAGCCAAAUCAUUUAUGCUUGUUGGAUACCAAAAGGAAUUAUCGUAUCAACAUUUUGAUGGAUCCUUUAGUGCUUUUGGCAACAGUGAUCCAUCGGGGAGUACUUGGCUUACAGCUUUUGUAAUAAAAUCAUUUUCACAAGCAAAAUCGUACAUUUUCAUUGAUGGUAAUACUGUCAAAAGAGCAAUCGAUUGGAUACUGGCUCAAUAUAAAUCUUCAACGGGAACAUUCAAUGAACCUGGAAAAGUCAUACACACUGAAAUGCAGGGUGGAUCAGCGAAAGGAGAUCUUAACCUAGCAAUAUAUACACUAAUAGCUUUGUUAGAGGCACAAGAAGCAAAGUUUUCUAGUAGUGUUCCGGCCAAAUUGUCAUCCACUGUUACUGGUGUAAAAAAUGCAUUAGAGGAUAAAGUACCAGGCAUGGAUGAUGUAUAUGAGCUAGCCAUUGCUAGCUACGCUUUAGCUUUGAUCAAAAGUUCUAAACUUAAUGCUGUCCUCGCCAAACUUGAUUCCAAGGCAACGGUAUCAGGUGGCAUGAAGUACUGGGAGGUAGAGGAGGAGCCUGACACCAGUAAUUUAAGAUGGAUACCACCACAUUCUCAGGCCAGGUCUCGUAAUAUAGAAACGACAGCUUACGUUUUGUUGGCAUACGCUACUACCGCGAAAGUAACUGAAGGUAUUCCAGUAAUCAAAUGGUUGGUAAACCAACGUAAUCCAACUGGUGGAUUCGGAUCGACACAGGAUACGGUGAUUGCUCUUCAAGCUCUGUCAGAAUUUGCAGCUCUAAUAUAUUCCAAAAAAUUCAAUGUCAACAUCAAGAUAGAAGGAACACCGACAAACUUUGGGCAUAUUUUUGAAAUCAAGUCACAAAAUGCUCUACUACUUCAGUCAGUUGAUGUUCCACCUCCAACAGAAAUAGUUGACAUACGAGCCGAAGGUAAUGGAUUGGCUCUUGUAGAGAUAGCUGUAAACUAUAAUGUAAUGGCAGAUGUCGUGAAACCGUUAUUCUCACUUUUACUAUCAACCAGUGACGAAACAAUGUCUGGCUUUACACUACAGGCCUGCUUCAGUUGGCUCGGUGAUGGUAAGAGUGGUAUGGCAAUUAUGGAGAUAGGGCUUCUCUCAGGAUUUGGAGCUGACACAUUCAGUAUUACACACGUCGGAAUCAUGAAACGUGUAGAAGAAGGAGAAAAGAAACUUAUCAUUUACUUUGAUGAAAUUCCAGGAGACAUAGGAACAUGUAUUCAAGUCAGUAUGCAGAGAGAAGGACUUGUGGUCGGUAGUCAACCAGCUGUUGUAAAACUCUCCGACUAUUAUAAACCAGAAAACCACGCAUACAGUUUGUACCAGCCACGAUUGUUAAAAGAUGCCAAUGUAUGUAGUUUGUUGAAAAAAGAACUUGGAUGUUGAUUAUAAAUAAAAUGAUACAAUCCGAUGCUUGUGUACUGUUUUCU